AUGGACGACCCGCCUCGCCCGUCCUCUUCCGCCGGCGAUUCUUCCUCUGAAUCCACCAGCUCGAGCGACACGAUCGCAGGGCCUUCGACCGCGGCGCCUGUCGCGCAGGCCGACACGACUCCUGUAGCAACUCCCGAACCGGCGACCCACGAAGAGCUCGCUACGACUCCCACUCCGCAACCCUCGCAACUCUCCCGCACGCCUCCCGCUUCCAAGCCAGUCCCCUCAUACGCCGCCAUCGCAGCCAAGUCUCCGCAGCCUCCGGCUCACACGCAGACCCCGCCACCUCGCCCUCGCACGCAUUCCAGCACGACAGCAGCCUCGUCCUCGUUCAGCUCGCCCGCCAGACGAGACCUGAGCGCGAGUGACGCCAUCCUUCACGAGGAGGAGCCUUCGGCGUACGGUACCGCGGGCGAGGAGAUGCACGAUGAGGAAGAAGACCGCUUCUUCACGCCGAUGCAGGGCGGAGCGUCCGGUGCGAGACGACCGAGUGCUUCGGCCACGGGCGCGCGAACACGUCCUCCAAGUGGUGCGGUUCCCAGCACCUCUAAUGCGGCUCGACGAAGCAUCAGCGUCAACACCUCCGUCUCGAACGCCUCGUCAGUUCCCGCUACCGCUCCUCCCCCUCGACAGUCGCUCUACCACCCACAAUCCUCGGCUCGCCUCUCCGUCGUCCCCUCCGUCCCCACAUCCGCAUCGCACUCUCGUUCUCGUCAACCGGCCUCUGGGUCCGCCAACCCGCGCCGCUCCGUCUCUCGAACCGGCCAACACUCGGCGGCAUCCUCGUCUCGCGGAGGAUCAAGCGGGUCAGAUGCGGACAGUGACGACGGCGAGAGGAGGAGAAGGACGAGGCGAGGUGUGCAGAGCGCGGCGGGAAGCGAUGAUGACGAGGUCGUGACGAGGGAUCGCGGCGAAGAGCUCGUCAGGAAGCGGUGGAAGGAGCGCAAGGAGGCCCGCAAAGUCGCCCUCGCCCAGCGCAUGAAGGAGGACUCGCAGCGACGGAUCUCGGCCUACACGAACAUGUCUUCGCAGGCAGGCGAUGUCUCCGACUCGCUCGGCCUCGGCUACCCCUCGAACCCGAACACGCCAGGUCCGCACGGUCGCGAGAUGUCUCUCGCUCGCUCGGAAGCCUUCUCGGAUCUCGCCGCACCUCGCUCGCCCGCCUUUCCCUCCGCCGCGCCUCCUUGGUCUCCUCUCGGCCUUCCUCCUCAUCACCAGCACCACCACGCCUACCCUCACAUUCCCCGCCCUUCGCUCGGCCAGCGCGGUACGAGUUUCGUUUCUUCCGCCUCAGCUUCUUCGCAAGCUGGCGCCGGAAGCGACACUGAAGGACCCGCACGGAGCAUCGUCGAGGCGGACGAGGAAGAGGGAGUCGACGGUGACGAGCCGAGAAUGGAGGACUGGCGAGACGGGGGAGCGGACGGCGAGCAUGACGCAGGAAACGACACCGACGACGAGGGAGAAGUCGAGUACACUUUGAAGGACAGGCAGGAUGCCAUCAACGUCGAGCACCCGUUCGGCCUUCCGAUCUGGAAGCCGGCGCUGUACAAGAAGUCCCGCUCGAUCGCACGACACGCUGACGCCGCCUUGCACGCCGCGCCCUCUUCAACCGCCCUGCACCACCUCCUCCCCUCGAACGUCAUCUGGACGCUCUCAUUCGGCGUCUGGCUCUUCAUCCUGUGCGGUGUCGUCAGCGCCAUCCUCUUCAUCACGCCGUUCGGCGGCGCCAAGUACGGCCGUGUUGUGUGGGAGCUGGGGACGUACCUCUUCUGGCCGUUCGGAAAGUACGUCGAAGGAUGGGUCGAGGAGCUUGACGACGGGAUCAAGUCGGACGAUGCCGCUCCCGACGGCGGGCAGGGCGUCCGCUCGGGCGACAUUUCGGACGAGGAGGACAACGCCGAACGCUUCGGCAGGCGAGGCCGCAGCGGGACGAUCGGUCAAGGCGGAACGAUCUCGUCCACCGUCUCUUCCCCUCGCCGCCCGCCCAUCCGAGCCGCCACAUUCGACGUCCUCCCCGACGAGCCCGUCCGUCGCAGCGACCGCACCGUCCGCCCGAAACCGAGCGAGAGCAGCCUCCGCGUUCCCGACGAGCACAGCUCGCUGCUCGACCGCACGCCUCAGCAGAACCGCAUCUACGGAUCGCUCGGACACGGCCACCACGACCGCAGCGACAAAGCGCACAGGUCCUCGAGUGAGGAGACGAUCACCGGCGACACGGUGCCGCGCAUUCGCAGCGUUGCACCUCACGACUUCAGCAAAGAUGGCGACUCGGCACACGGGUUCCGCCUCCGCGCCCUGGGCCGCAUCAUGUACUGGGUCGGGUUCUACCUCGUCAUCGCGCCCGUGCUCGCACUCGUCGCACUCGCAUGCUGGGGCGGCGUCUUUUCGAUUCCAAUGGCGAAACUGCUGUGGGUUCUCCUCCGCCACCUCAACAACGAGCCGCUCUCCCUGUACUUCCGCUCCCCGCCCGACUACCAGCCGGUCGUCCAGGACCUCGCGACGGACGUCGAGGCGCCCGAUGUGCACGCCGACGAUCCGACGCACCAGCAGCAGGACGCGACUUCGGUCGUCUACCCUCUCCGCGCCGGCCAGCCCGCUCCUCCGCAGCCUCGUCAAUCGCUCGUCGCCGACCGCCGCAAGGGUCGUCUCCGCGGCCCGCACCCGACGGUCCUCCUCUGCACGUACCGCGCCGCCGGUCUCGAGUACUACAAGUACACGGUCGACGGCGUCAACGUCUGGUUCGUUAACCUGCUCGCCCUCGUCUUCCUUGCGAUCGUCGACUUCUUCCUCGUCGCGCCGUACGUCGAGCGACACUACCCGACCGGCGGAGGCGGCGUCUUGCGCUUGAUCUCGAGCCAAGCGUUCGUCUUCGUCUCCGCCCUCCUCUCGGUCAUCCCGCUCUCGUACUUCAUCGGCAUGGCCGUCGCGUCCAUUUCGGCACAGAGCUCGAUCGGCGUCGGUGCCGUCAUCAACGCCUCGUUCGGCAGCGUCAUCGAGAUCGUGCUGUACAGCAUCGCGCUCACGCAGGCCAAGGGUGAGCUCGUCGAGGGAUCAAUCGUUGGCAGCAUCCUCGCCGGCGUCCUCCUCAUGCCGGGCAUGUCGAUGGUUGGCGGAGCGGCGAAGCGCAAGGAGCAGCGGUUCAACGCGAGGAGCGCGGGCGUCACCAGCACGAUGCUCAUCAUGGCCGUCAUCGGGACGCUCACGCCAACGCUGUUCUACGAGAUCUACGGAUCGUUCCAGCUCACCUGCACCGACUGCGACCCGCUCUCGCGCAAGGCCGGCGCCGCAUCGUGCAAGACCUGCUACUACGAGCACGUCAGCCCUGCCGACGACCCCUUCUACCGCACGACCGUCGUCCAGCUCUCGUACUACUGCGCCAUCAUCCUCGUCCUCUCCUACCUGAUCGGCCUCUGGUUCUCGCUCAAAACGCACGCCUCGCAGAUUUGGCAGAAUGCGCAGCCGGCGCACGAACACGGCGCAGCGCGCCCGCUCUCUGGCGCCCAGCACGCGAGUCUCGCCGACCGCCGCUCAAUCUACCAGCGCCUCGUCCCCGCCAACCUCAUCCAGCAAGUCAAGCGCCGCCCGUCCGCCAUGGGCAAGUCGCCGCUCCAGACGCCUUUCCUCGCGCCAGCUUCGCUUGAGAUGCCGCCGCAGACGCCGGGACUCAAGCCCGAUGGAUCAGCUCCUCAAUCGGCGCACCGCCCGGAACACUCGCAACAGCAGCACUUUGAGUCGGUCCAGCUUCCGCACGGCCUGACCGCCGACGAGUUCAGCCGCGCCUUCGAGAUCGUUGCUUCCGCUGCUCCCGCUCUUCGCCCUCACGCCGGCGCAGCGCAAUUGCACCGCGCCUCGUCGCAUAUGCGCGAAGUCUCGGCGCCUCAGCACGGCAAGGAGGAGGAAGCAGGUGGACAUGGAGGUCACGAUGCGCCGAACUGGAGCCGGACGAAGAGUGCGACGGUCCUGCUGGCAUGCACCGUUCUCUACGCCAUUAUCGCGGAGAUCCUGGUCGACGUGGUCGACGUCGUCCUCGACGGCUUCGCAAUCCCUGAGAAGCUGCUCGGCAUCACGCUCUUCGCCCUCGUCCCCAACACGACCGAGUUCAUGAACGCCAUCUCCUUCGCGCUCAACGGCAACAUUGCCCUGUCGAUGGAGAUCGGUUCCGCCUACGCCCUCCAAGUCUGCCUCAUCCAGAUCCCUGCCAUGCUCGCCUUCACGGCCUGGUACGGCAUCGGCAAGGAGACGAUGGCGCACCGUGCAUUCACCCUUGUCUUCCCGCGCUGGGACGCCAUCGCCAUCAUCUUUUCAAUCUUCCUCCUCACCUACGUCUACAUCGAGGCGCGCUCGACCUACUUCCGCGGCUCGCUCCUCUGCUUCGCCUAUCUCACGCUCCUCGGAGGAUUCGUCUGGGCACCCUCGGGCCGCGACACCUCCGACAACCCGUCCCUCCAGCCGCACACGCUCGUCGCCUCGGCCAUCCUUCCCUGCACACUCACCUUUGCCGGCAAAGCGAAGGCUCUCUUCCUCUCGCUUUUCACGCACUGA